GCGUAGCCGAGUCGAUGAUGUCCACCUCUUUGGUGGUUGACGAGUAGAGAAAAGAAUUAUAUAUAUGUAUGUGCGCCCGUUUUGUGUGGAAUUAACGUUGAGUUUGAAGUGAAGACCAGUAUUUGGAUGGUUCGAAAGUCAACUCGGAUCUCCCCUGUAAUGGAGGCCAUGGCCGUGAGCACAUCUGCACAGGGUACGGAUGAGUUUGACCGCAACGCCCCGCGGAUCUGCGGCGUCUGCGGAGACAAGGCCACUGGAUUCCACUUCAACGCCAUGACCUGUGAAGGCUGCAAAGGCUUUUUCAGGCGCAGUAUGAAGCGGAAGGCCAGUUUCACGUGUCCCUUUAACGGCAGCUGCACCAUCACCAAAGACAACCGCAGACACUGCCAAGCCUGUCGCCUCAAGCGCUGCGUCGACAUCGGCAUGAUGAAGGAGUUCAUUCUGACUGAUGAGGAGGUACAGAGGAAGAAGGAGCUGAUCCUGAAAAGAAAGGAAGAGGAGGCGAUGCGGGAGGCGCAGAAGCCCCGGCUGACUGAGGAGCAGAGUCAGAUCAUCAGCACGCUGGUGGAGGCACAUCACAAGACCUAUGAUGACUCCUACUCCGACUUUGUGAAAUUCCGACCCCCAGUGAGAGAGGGUCCGGUGACGCGCAGUGCCAGUCGUGCUGCCUCUCUCCACUCACUCUCGGAUGCCUCUUCAGAUUCAUUGAAUAACUCGCCAGAGUCUAUGGACAAAAAGCUCAGCAGUCUCUUCUCCAUGUGUCAGGACGGCGUGAUAAGCCCAGAGUCCAGGGAUGAGAACUCCCGCCUCUCCAUGCUGCCCCACUUGGCUGACCUCGUUAGCUACAGCAUCCAGAAAGUGAUCGGCUUUGCCAAGAUGAUCCCCGGCUUCAGGGAUCUGACUGCAGAAGAUCAGAUUGCCCUGCUGAAGUCCAGCGCUAUUGAGAUCAUCAUGUUGCGCUCCAACCAGUCCUUCAGUCUGGAUGACAUGAGCUGGAGCUGUGGAGGACCCGACUUUAAAUACUGCAUUAACGACGUCACCAAGGCUGGUCACACUCUGGAGCUGCUGGAGCCGCUGGUGAAGUUUCAGGUGGGGCUGAAAAAACUCAACAUGCAUGAAGAGGAACAUGUGCUGCUAAUGGCCAUCUGCCUCCUCUCUCCAGAUCGUCCCGGCGUGCAGGACCACGUUCGGAUCGAGGCGAUGCAGGAGCGUUUGUGCGAGACGCUGCAGGCGUAUAUCCGUGUGCACCACCCGGGUGGGCGGCUGCUCUACGCUAAGAUGAUCCAGAAACUGGCCGACCUGCGCAGUCUGAACGAGGAGCACUCCAAGCAGUACCGUUCGCUGUCCUUUCAGCCUGAGCACAGCAUGCAGCUCACACCGCUCGUGCUCGAGGUGUUUGGCAGUGAGGUGCCCUAGCCAGCGAGGAUGGUGUCUCCCACAGUGCCAGUCCAGUGCAGGGGCAUGAGGGAGGAGGGGCAACAGGGGUGCAGUACAGGGCAGAGGUGGGCCAGAGGACAUAGAGAGGGGUCCUAUUACUGCAGACUGUGUGUGUGUGUGUGUGUGUGUGUGUGUGUGUGUGUGUGUGUGUGUGUGUGUGUGUGUGUGCGCGCGUGCACGCAUGAGUGACUACGAAUGUGAGACUAUGUAUGUGUGUGUCUCCAGGGCAGAAGUGUCCCGAGGGAUGUCUGGUAUCCCCUUUUCGGGGAAUUUGUAGAGGUGUGUGUGUGUGAGUGUGUGUGUGUGUGUGUGUGUGAGAGAGAGAGAGAGAGAGAGAGAGGGGAGGGAAGGGAAGGUCACACGUGUAUAAGUCCAGUGAAGGGCUAUGGGUUUUGGAAGCUAAAGGGAAUAUUAAGAAUGUACUUAUGCAUAUAUGAACAGAAAUAUAAAUAUAAGCUAAUAUCUAUAUUUAAGAGAGAUGCUUUCUACUAAAUUUAAGCGUAUGGAUGAACAGUGUAAAAUAGGAUUAGCAGGCCUUGGUUUGAGUGUGUGUGCGUGCUUGUGCGGAGAGAUGUUUUGUUGUGUAUAUGAAAGAAAAGGACACUAACAAGCAGGCACAUACACUGAACGAAGUACAGGGGGUGCUCUAUUUUUGAUGUUUGUAUAGCUAGGAUAUUUAAUGACCACAAGAGAGCGAGCCCACCAGUACACGCUAGCGCUAAUCUGCUAAUAACAGGCCCAUUACGAUUCUCUGGUGACUGGCAACUGUAUCAUUUUAUUACAGCUUUACAUUUGGCACAAACUUUCACACGCUGUUGAUCUCUGGACUGUUCUACUCAACACGAAAGUGCCAAAGGAUUGUGCAUGAGACACUUUUUAAAGGUGUUUUAAAAGGAUUGUCAUUUUUAUUGUGAUUCUUCACAUAUUAUUUAAAUGCAAAGAUCAUUUUGGAAAAACUCUGAUUUGUAACUUUUCCCAGAUGUGCCUUUGUUUCUUCGGCUUUUUCCCGCAGCCUGAAAACAGGCUCCGUCCAAACCAAACAGAGCUGCUUGACUGAAACUCAUGAAAUGAUUCCAGAGCCAUGAUUUCAUUCCGUAUGUUGACCGAUUUAAACACCAGCCCAUAGCGCUUGAGAUGUACACCUGCUACAUCCAUCCAAGCUUGACAGUAUUUUGCCGAAAUGGCUAAAUAUGGAGAGUAGCGAAUAGUUUAGCCAGAGCUUUGUUUUGUUUUUAUAAACGGUGGAGGAGUUUUCACUUUGUACGACGUUGCUCACACAGCCGUCACAUAACAUCCAAUGUCCGAUUCAACUCUUGCCACCUUUCUCAAAUUGAAUAAACUUCAACUACACUGCAACUGUGCUUUAACAAACUCUUUUACUACGAACUUUCGCAUAUAACGAACCAAGUUCGUGUCCCCUGCCUUUAAUGACAAUGAGUCGGAGUCUUCAAAAAAGCAUCACUGUGUCACGUCCAUGAACGUUGGUGCUCAAAGAGUGUGCAGGGCCAUUAGGACUCGUUACAGAGAUGGCCAUUAGGACUCGUUACAGUACUAUGCACCUGUUCCACAUUAGAGUGCAAUCACAGCAUGUGCUUAUAAGGACUUUCUAAACACACAGACUUGGCAACAUAUACACGCUGCAACUAGUGUCUCACAUUACCAAGCCUUAUAUCUGUGUAUUGCUUUAGUGGUUUUGACUUUGUUUAGUGUAUUUGGAUUCUCCCUUUCGUCUUUGCCUUCACCAUUCUGUUUGGGCCUCACGUGACCAUUGCCCGUUUCACAACCCUGCCUUUGUCUUAGGUGUUUGAACUGUAUGCCUGCCUGUUUGUAAAUAAACACUCUUCCUACAA